UGCCCAGAGCGGGGCAGGAGGAUGCAGCUGAGCGAGCCAUGCUAACCAGGCUUAUCAAACCCUGCUGCUUUAAACAGGCUCUUCGCUGCCUGCAGCACAGCCAUGCUAUGCCUAACGUCACCGGGGAGCAAAAAUAGCCGGCACGAGUGGAGGGAGGGGAAUGAGAGUAUUAAGAGCGCCCAGAUUUCAAACAUACUUGGCUGGCAGCACGCUCCCUUCCUGCCCUGCCGCUCCAGAUGCGACACAGCCCUGGGAUCUCUCGCUCUCUGCCCAUGAAGAAGGAUUCUCUUCUUUCUAUUUUUUCCUCUUUUUCAGUUUUUCUUUCUUUAAGUUCCAGCUUUGAUACUACUAGAUAUAUUUUUAUUAUUAUUAUUAUUUUCUUUCUCGUAGGAAACAUCAUCUGCCGGAUUUAAAAGCAAGGUUUGAGCAGGAGAAAUUCAUUUCUGUUUACAGCUGUAAAUAUGCGUGGUACUCCUGUGGGAUGGUAUCGUAGAGGGAAAGGCAAGAUUGGCUGGGAAAAUCGCCUGGACCGUAAGAUGCUUGAAUGGCUGCUAGCAAUAACAAGCUCUCUGUUGUGUGUGCAUGUGAGUGUGUGUUUGUGUACGAGAGCAGCAUUGAUGGGAACUUUAAAGUGAUGUUAGGGCUCCCGAUUUGGCUUAAUUUUCCUCUUCUAGCUCUGUCUGGAGAUGGGCAAAGUGUCUGAAUGGAAUUAGUGCUGUAGGAAUUUUAUGAAUGGAGCAGAAGGCAGGUUCAGCAGAAGAGGAGCAGAGCAGGGAGAUGCAGUGGGCUCGGCUCUCUCCAGCAGGAGCUGUCACUCCAGGGAACUGCACAGACAGGCACCAGCAUGGCACAAAUCUGCUACAAGUCCCUGGGACGCCAAAUGAGGCAGCUGCAAGGAGGCAGCACCUGAGGCACGGAAAUACGCUGAAAAUGAGCUAUCACCAGCACACCGAGCCGAGAGCUGCGUGUGGGACCAGCUCCGGGCUCAGCUGGAGCAUCCCAUGCAGAGCUGUUCAUUUCUGUGCCCUUCUGCUGGUUGUGAGGCAGAGGAGCAGCCACAGAUCCUGGAGCAGCUUGGAAGUCAUUUUCACUGCCAGCUCGGACACCAGCAUCGAUAAAAGGGACAAUGAGGGAGUGGGACAGACUGCCACACCUGCCCUACAGCAGAAGGGCACAGCAGGAGCAGGACAGGGAAGAUUUGGAGUUGCAAGGUCCAAGAAAUGGAUCUUGAUGCUGGUGAAGCUGUGGAGACCAGCCCAGAGCAGCACUGUCCUGAAGGAGCACCAAGCACUGCAAAACCACGCUCAUCUCUCACCUGCACUCGAGGGACUGGGGUGGGACAUGGGCUCUGUGUGUUUCUCUGUUUUUUUGUACUUUUAUCCCAAUUGCUAAGUGAGGGGAAAUCUCCCUCUUCAUUUGGUUGUCCUCUCUUAUCCAGAGGUUUUUGUGACAUCUCUGCAGCACCCGCCAUCCUCAGCAGGUAACAGGGAGAAGGUGAGGGCAGAUCAUGAAGAGGAUGAAAAUUGUCCAUCCUCAAGGGCCACAGAGGUCACUGACAGGGUGACACAAGGGCAGCAGGGGACUGUAAUGCUCCUGCCAGUGGCAGAGUGGGAGGAAAGAGGAAAAGGAGUCAGAGCUGGUGAGGAGGGAAAGGGACACCUAACUCACUGGGAAAUGCUGCAAAUUCCCAGGAUUAAACAAAUCCAGCCUGCCCAGUGGAACAAGGCAGAGGGGAAUUUUUGCCUGCUGAGCCCUAUAAGGACAAGGCAGUCCAGCACCCCUCCUCCUCAGCGUUUUCCGAAGAAAAAGAGACAGCCUGAGUGCUGUAAAACACAGUGCAAAUGCACUUCUGUAUGCAGUGACCUUUAGGAUGGCACAAGAUUUUGGUAUGCCUUAAAAUCUGGGCAUUUUAGCUAAUUCUUCAGCUUUCUCUGAGGAAGGUUUGCUCUCCUUUUGCCUACACCCAGAACGAAUUGAGAGCAACAGAGUCCUGAUUUGUGCAGCACUGAGUCUGAGCUAAGCAGAGGCUCCCACCUACAGAUUUUCCUCACAUGUUGCCUCACACCUCGCUGCUCAAGGCUGUUCAGGCAGGUUCACACCCAGCUCUGGCUGAGACAGAUCUGUUUUACAGACACGUGGACAUCUCUGGUGUCACACUGGACAGAGAGGGUGAAAAACCCUGUGUUUACAGACACAGAAAUCCCACAGGGAAACUGCACUUUGCUUUAUGAAGUGCCUUUUUCUCCAUCACUCGAAUGCUGUUUGAAACUGCAGGACAGAGGAGGAGCUUCUCAUUCAAGGGAAGCUGCUCUGUGAAAACGCUGCAGGAAUGCUGGACAGGACUUUGAAUGCAUCACUACCUCAGAACAGGCAAUUUGGCUGCAAAUGAUAAAUCUGAAGUUUGUUUUCCCUUUUUAUGGGUCUUCCACUCCUUCAGAGUUAAGAAUGUGGCAAAGAGGUUUAAACAAUCACGCUGAUGGCGCUAAAUCAUUGUUAUAAAUUUAGGAAGGAUGUUUUUUUUCCUCCAACCCCAAACUAAGGACUGCAAUAAGUAGUUCCAGUGAUCCACAGAACCUUUUUUGUCUCUUUUCCAUGGACACAGCUCACAGCUGGGCUCUUGCAAUGACAGCACCAACCCUACAAGAGUGACCUCAGUGCCAAAGACCUUUGGUACAUUCAGGCAGUGCAGAUACAUGCUCAGGGACAGGUAACUUCUAAAUGAACUUUUGUGUUGCUCUGGCAGAUUUCUAAUAUGUUGGUUUUGAUGUCUUUCCUCUAGUGGAGAAUGCAGAUGGUCCUUGGAUGAGACUCUGCUAAGAAAUGGUUCUACAGCUCCAGCAGCCGCGUUUCUCGGAGCAGAGAGAAUCCCCUCAGACCCCUGUGUCAUGAGCAAAGCUUCUGGCAUUUAAACCCAGGAGGAUGUCCCUCAGUGACGAGCUGGAGAGCCACUUCUCCGCCACGCCCUACAUGGUGACAGACACAAGUGAGGACAGCGUGUUCAGAAUCAGGCCCAACGCCUCCGCCAACGCCACCGGGGAUGGCGUGUGGGCCGCGGGCUCCACGGAGGACAUGAUUGCCAUCUGCACCAUCGGGGCCAUCCUGUCGCUCAUGUGCGUGGUCGGGGUGACAGGCAACGUCUACACCCUGCUGGUGAUGUGCCACUACCUGCGCUCCUCGGCCUCCAUGUACAUCUACAUCAUCAACCUGGCGCUGGCCGACCUGCUCUACCUCCUCACCAUCCCCUUCAUCGUCGGGACCUACUUCAUUCAGAAGUGGUACUUUGGGGACGUUGGCUGUCGCAUCCUGUUCAGCCUGGACUUCCUCACCAUGCACGCCAGCAUCUUCACCCUCACAGUCAUGAGCACGGAGCGCUACUUCGCCGUGCUGAAGCCCCUGGACACGGUGAAGAGGUCCAAGAGCUACCGCAAGGCCAUUGCUGUGCUGAUCUGGCUGGUGUCACUGCUGCUCACCCUCCCCAUGCUCAUCAUGAUCCAGCUGGUGCAAAGGGACAACAAAAGCAUCUGCCUGCCCACCUGGAGCAAGCUGUCCUACAAAGUCUAUCUCACCAUCCUUUUUGGCACCAGCAUCGUGGGCCCAGGGGUGGUCAUUGGCUACCUUUACAUCCGCCUGGCUAAGAUUUACUGGGUGUCCCAGACUGCUUCCUUCAAGCAGACCAAGAGGCUGCCCAACCAGAAGGUGAUGAAGAACAUUAAUUACUUGACAACCUGCCUGACCUACAGCAACAGCUGCAUCAACCCCUUCCUCUACACCCUGCUGACCAAAAACUACCGGGAGUACCUGAAGAACAGGCAGCGGUCCCUCAGCAGCAGCAGUGGGUACUUCCAGAGGAGGAAUCGUUUCCAGAGGAUUUCAGGGAGAUCCCUGUCCACGAGCAGCCAGCACUGCACAGAGACUUACGUCCUUGCUCACGCUCCUUUGGGAAACAGCAGUGCCUGAAGGUAAAAUCUAUCUCCAAGAACAAUCAAUACUGACUUCAAUGUUGCUUUGAUUUAAAGUGUACGUUGUGCAGGCGAAGCCCUGGCAGACCCAGAAUGUGAACACAUUUAGUCCAGAGGCUGUGCCGUGUGUCUGUUCUCAUUUCUCCAGUGCCACUGAUUUGAUGCUAGCAGCACUCAGCUGAACAGCUAUCUAAAUAGCCUUUCACUUUUUAUCUUUAUAUUUUAUAGUGUAUGUCUCCUCAAGUAGCCAUCAAUAAUGAAAGCCCGUAACAGGGCCAUGAUUUUUAAUAAUAUCAGCUGUCUCAUAACGUUUUAAAUUAUGUUACCCCAUGAAUGCUGUAGUUUGCUCUUUUUUUCUUUAGCAGCAGUGCUAAAUUUGUAGUUGUAUGAGGACUGAAGACAAUGAAAUAAAGAAAAAGCAGCU